AUUCUCUACUAUACACGAUCUUUGGUUUGACCGGAGAGUUUACAGUAAUACCAAAGAUACUACACCCUACGAAGAGCUAAAUCCUCAAAGAGAGAGAGAUUCUCGCAAGUCUCCGUAACUUUAUGGGAUGGCCAGUAAAAUCAAGGUCACGGCUGCGGCCAAAGCAGUUGACAACAGAGCCAACGAAGCAAUCCUCAAGCAGAGGGUGAAAGAGGGACUCCAAGUCAGCUGACGACAAAGAGGUGGAGAAGAGAUUCGCAGCCAGAGAAAAAGAAUGGCAGAAAGAGAUGGAGGAGCUGAGGACAAAGUUUGACUCUCAACUGGAAGCUGCGAAAAAGUCUCCGGUCAAGGACGACAAAGACUGCGGCCAUUGGAAGGAGCUGACCUUCCUACGACAGCGGAAUGAAGAGCUGGAGAACGACAACGCCGCGCUGAUGGCCCAGAACCGAGAGCUGCGAGAGCGCGUGGACUCCCUGCUGGCCGACCUCAGCGUCAAGGAGGCCACGUGGUGCGAGAUGGAGGAAAAGUUUAAGCUGGAGGCGCUCGUACUUGAAGAACCAGCGACCUGGAGGACCGGACCCAACCGGACAAGAUCGCGACUUUGACAACGUGUAGAGCUUCCCUUUACAACUUGAUUGCUGUCUUCCCCUUAGCUUGUAUAUGCAUAAUAUAUAUAAUAUAUGUGAGGCAGCGUGGUGGAAUCAGGCUCUCGUCAAAAU